UUUCCCUCAAAACAAAUACUCUUCCAUCUUCAAUUCAUCACAACAUUAACAUCCAUUAAUGGCGAGAGGCGGAGGUGGAGGUAAGCUAACGAAGCUCAAGUCCGUGUUAAAGAAGUGGCACUCCUUCGGAAAACCUUCAGCGCGUAGCACCGGUGGCAAUGCUAUUGCCGCCGACCCAAGACAUUGCCACGCUGUGUACGUCGGAAAAUCCCGCCGGCGUUACCAUAUAACCUCAGAGGUGGCGGAGCAUCCCGUGUUUCAGGAGCUGGUGGAACGUUCCGGCGACGGGGAGACGGUGGAUUGUGAGGUGGUUCUGUUUGAACACUUGUUAUGGAUGCUUGAAAAUGCAGACCCUCAACCGGAUUCUUUGGAGGAGUUGGUGGAUUUGUAUGCUUGCUAAUUUGAUCCGAAAUUGCUUCUUCUUCUUCUUCUUCUUGUUGCUGAUUAGUUUCUAAUUCAAACUUAUCAUACCAUUUAUAAGCUAAGAAAUCCACCUAAAUCCUAAUUGUAUUGUUUUGUAUUCUGGUUCACAUUCAUUCUUUUAUUGUAGAGAUGAAGUGAAUGGAUAUUUAGAGGCAACAAUUGUAACCAAUUUCAAAAGAAAAUGCAUGCUUCCAUAUAAAUUUGUCAUAAAAGAAUGUAUGUAUGUAUGUAUGUAUAUGGAACUAUGUAUGUAUGUGUAAUGUUUUGCUUUAAUCAAUGUUAUAUUUAGAAAACAUAUUUAGGUUUA